GGCUCGACCUGCGCAGCAUGCAGUGGACGAGCCCGAGCUGUGCUGGAGAGCCGCCGUCGGCCAGGUUUGCGCACAAGAUGAUCCACGGCGGCGACAACACGCUGCUGCUCUUCGGCGGGAGCAGCUCCGCCGCGGAGUCCGAGGCGACGCCCGGCGUGCUGUAUUCCUUCGAGCUCUCGACGUCGACGUGGUCGACCACCCAGGUGAACGGCACGCCGCCCCUGGAGCGCUCGUUCCACAGCUUCGACCUCAUCGGAAAGUGGGGCUUUGCCUUCGCCGGCUCCACAACAAACGGGAUCAGUGACCUCUACAUCCUGGACGCCGGGGGGCAGCGCUGGGCUCGCCCGCUCUACGAGGGACAGGUCAACGUUCGCGCACACGCGUCCUCGGUCCUGCACGAUAAGCUCAUUGUCUUCGGCGGAGUGCGCGACAAGGCCAGGACGGGGCCGCAGGAGUAG